CUGGUGUAUUACCUGCGGGAGGACGGCGGCGCGGCGGGCGAGAGCCGGGCGUGGCUGGAGACGUUCUUGCGCGACUUCCCGGCGAAGCUGCGGGAGCUGAACCUCAAGGCCGUCGAGGUGACGUACUUCACUUCGUUGUCCAGACAAGAGGAGUUUGAGGGAAACACCAAGAGCGUGAUCCCGCUCUUCUCCAUCACGUACUUCCUGACGAUCACCUUUUCGGUCGUCUCUUGCCUGAGGCUGAGCUGUGUAAGAAAUAACGUCUGGCUUGCAUGCUGUGGAGUGCUUUCCUCUGGUUUAGCUGUAUUAAGCAGCUUUGGAUUGUUGAUGUACUGUGGAGUGCCGUUUGUGGCAACCGUAGCAACUGCUCCAUUUCUUAUUCUUGGAGUUGGUGUGGAUGACAUGUUUAUCAUGAUCUCCUGGGAACAAAGCUCAAGCAAGGGCAAAUCAGACACUAAAUCUCGGCUGGCCGAGACUUACAGAGAAGCAGCGCUUUCUGUGACAAUCACCACUCUCACAGAUGUCUUGGCCUUCUUCAUUGGCACCUGGACUUCUUUUCCUUCUGUGAGGUCGUUCUGCCUCUAUACCGGGACCGCCUUUGUCUUCUGCUAUGUCUAUGUCAUUACCUUCUUUGGGGCAGUUAUCGCGUUAAAUCAUAAAAGGGUGAAAGGAAACCAACACUGGUUAACUUGUGUGCAAGUGAAAGUAGGAAAGAAAUCCUGCUUGUAUAACGCGUGUUGUUUAGGCAGCUGUUCUAGUGAGCCGCCUGAGCCAGAAACCGGUGAGACAGAAAGCGAGCAUCCCAUGAGCAUAUUCUUCAAAAAGUAUUACGGUCCUUUCUUGACAGGUAAAUGGAUCAAGCUUCUUGUGGUGUUGCUGUACGGAGCAUAUUUGGGUGGCAGUAUUUAUGGAUGCACCCAGGUGAAGGAGGGCAUAGAUCUUCGAAAUCUGGCUAGUGAUGACUCUUAUGUUAUUGCAUACUAUGACGACGAUGACAAAUACUUUUCAGAUUACGGACCCAGGGUCAUGGUUGUCGUUACUGACAGCGUAAACUACUGGGAUGAGUCUGUUCGUAAUGACAUUGAGGCUUGCGUACAGGAUUUAGAGAACAUUAACUAUGUAGACAGGAACCUCUCGCUGUCAUGGCUGAGAGUAUACACAGAAAUUGCUGGAAGUGGUUUAAUAAACAUAAACAGUAAGGAUCUUUUCAUUAAUAACUUACCUGUACUAUUCCAGUAUUUUCCCAGUUUUGAGUGGGAUAUUAACAAGACUGCGGAAGGAAUAGCAGCUUCUCGUUUCUUCAUCCAGACAGUGAAUGUCACCUCAGCCGUUGACGAGAAAAAUCUGCUAAAUCAGUUGAGAGACAGAGCCAAGCAGUGCGUAGUUCCACUCAUGGUGUACCAUCCAGCAUUCAUCUACUACGACCAGUACCUGGUAAUAGUGCAGAACACCAUUCAGAAUGUUGUCAUCGCUGCUGGGGCGAUGCUCGUUGUCUCUCUUGUGCUUAUUCCCAGCCCACUGUGUUGCUUGUGGGUGACUUUUGCUAUAGCUUCUGUUAUCGUUGGUGUUGCUGGUUUCAUGACAUUUUGGGACAUCAGCCUCGACUCCAUAUCCAUGAUUAACCUGGUCAUUUGCAUUGGAUUUUCUGUAGAUUUUUCUGCGCAUAUUUCCUAUGCCUUUGUUACGAGUGGAGAGUCAUCAGCCAAUGAAAAGGCAGUAGGAGCUCUGCACCAGCUUGGUUACCCAGUGUUACAAGGAGCAGUAUCUACUGUGUUAGGAGUGGUUGUCCUGGCUGCAGCAAAAACCUACAUCUUCAGAACGUUUUUUAAGAUCAUGUUUCUUGUUAUAUUGUUUGGGGCUCUUCAUGGUCUUGUGUUUAUUCCAGUAUUUCUAACCUUUUUUGGAUACUUGGGCAAAUCACUCCCCAUUACUGGAACUAAAAUGCUAGAUCUUAGACAGAGAAAUGACAAAGACCAUGCAUGACUAAUUUAAAUGUUUACAGUUAUGUAUAUAUUAUACAGAGAUUAAAAUGCAGCAACUUCCAGGGGAUGUAAGAAACGAAUGAUGGGAAGGAUGAAAUAAUAUGACAGAGAGGCAAAGACUAAAGAAAAGCCAGGCAUUAAUUAACAGAAGUGAAAGUACACAGAACUGAUUUGUUUCCUCCUGUUUUGUAUGCUUGACUUUGUAACUUUAAUGUUGUUAAAACUUUUUUUUGGUGUGUGUGUUAACUGUUUACUGAAUAUAUUGAAGCUGAAAUUAUUAUAAACACUAAAGAUUGUCUCCGCAUUUGGGCUGUUACAGUUCAGUCAGGAAAUACACAGAAGAGGCUACAGCAACCAUUGGUUUUGUGCAUUUCCUGGCUAUUUACCUUGAUGCAAUCACUAACAUUGAGCCUGAAGGCAGUUUCCCCAAGAGGCUCGAACCUUGAGGUUUUAUAGUGAGAUGAUCAGCAGGUGAGUACUGCCUCAUACUCAGUGGUUCAUAAAUGUUUGGGAGACUUAGUCUGCUUAGGUUCUGAAUGCAGCACAAGAAGCCCAUAGGGAAUACUGACUGACUUACUUUUUUUGUUCUAAUGGAUCUUUUCUAAGAUUAAACACAUUGUAGCUUUAA